AUGCCAUGUUGGUAUUACGAAAAGGAGGACUUUCUCCGAACUCCCUCUGUCUUAGAUGGAGUUGAUCAACAGACGGAAAAUCGCUAUCGUCGUGAGGGUGCCCGCUUCAUACUCGACCUAAGCACUCGUCUCCACCUUCGCUACGACACAUGGGCCACGGCCAUUGUUUUCUUUCAUCGAUUUUACAUGUGUCACUCCUUUAAAGCCUUUCCUCGUCAUGUUACCGCCGCUUGUUGCUUGAUGUUGGCUGGAAAAGUUGAAGAGACUCCAAAGAAAUGCCGAGAUAUAAUUCGGACGGCUCGUGAACUUUUAUCGCCUGAAUUGUUUGCUACAUUUGGGAACGAUCCCAGGGAGGAAGUAAUGAUGUACGAGAGAGUCCUUCUCAAGACCAUUAAAUUUGAUCUCCAAGUCACUCAUCCUUAUAGUUUUCUCUUACAAUACGCAAAGCGCCUAAAGGGCUCUCAGGAGAAGAUUAAGGAGAUAGUGCAGAUGGCGUGGUCCUUCAUUAACGACAGUUUAGAGACGACCCUGUGCCUUCAGUGGGAGCCUGAGAUUGUGGCCUGCGCCGUGCUCUACUUGGCUACGCGAAUGAAGUCAUGGCCCGUCACCGACUGGCAUGGACGCCGGUCUGGCCAACCCUGGUGGGAGUGCUUCGUGGAGGGCAUGACUGUGGAGGUAAUGGAAGACAUUUGUCAUCGUAUUCUCGACAUUUACUCCGAUGGUAAUAAACCUAGCUCCACUGAGACAGUUGCAAAAUCUGAUCCACCACCGCAGACUGGCUCCAAAAGGCGUAGCCACUGCGCCCCAUCCCCACCUCCUCCUCCUCCUCCACCGCCACCACCGCCACCUCAGCCCUUAAAAAAACCACUAGAAGCAAUUCCGCUUCAGUCAUCCAAUAACAAUGCCACGAUGGCAACAACUACCACCUCUGGUUUAGUAUGGAAUCAAACAGUGCCGAGAUACGGGCAUGGAAUACUGCCAACAGCCUUUCCACAACCAUUUGUGGGAGUGGGUUCUGCGUCCACGACAAUUGUCGGAGCUCCUCCUCCCCCGCCACCACCAGCGAUCCCGUUAGCACCACCGCUACCACCGCCACCACCACCUCUUCCUACUGUGCUAGCUGGACAGGCUCCACCCCCACCUCCACCACCACCGCCGCCUGGGGGGCCUUGGCUGCCCCCACCUCUCAUGAGUGUAGUGGUCCCCCCACCCUCCGCUGCUGCUGCCGCUGCAGCCGCAGCCUUUGUUGCGACUCCAAGCAGCUUUCCGCCACAUGCUCCACUUGCUCCCUGA